AUGAAAUACGUGCAACUCGGCAGCAGCGGCCUUCGCAUCGCCCCAAUUGGCGUGGGAUGCAUGAGUUUUGGAAAUCCCGAGGGCCGUAUCAAGUGGUCAAUUCCAGAAGAAGAAGCACUGCCCCUGCUCAACUACUGCUACGAAUCUGGUCUCAACCUUUUUGACACGGCAAAUGCCUACUCCAAUGGGCUCUCGGAGGAGAUCCUAGGCAAGGCGAUCAAGAAAUACAACUGGCGCCGUCAGAAUAUUGUCAUCGCAACCAAACUGUGGGCGCCUGUCGGUCGCGGUCUCGAACAACCAAUGGCGAUGACUGACGAUGAAAAAGAUAACUCUGGUUACAUCAAUGAGUACGGAUUGAGCCGAAAGCAUAUUUUCGACAGCAUCGAUGCCAGCCUGAAAAGGCUAGACCUACCCUACGUCGACUUGCUGCAGAUCCAUCGCUUCGAUCCCAGAACCCCCGUCAAGGAAACCAUGGAGGCGCUUCAUGAUGUCGUCAAGUCGGGCAGGGUGCGGUAUAUUGGCGCUUCGUCUAUGUGGGCUCAUCAACUUCUCGAGUACCAGUACACCGCCCGCAUCCAUGGUUGGACCGAGUUUAUCUCCAUGCAGAACCUCCACAAUGCUAUCUACCGUGAGGAGGAGCGGGAGAUGUACCCUGCGUGUGCCAAAUUCGGAAUGGGCAGCAUCCCCUGGAGCCCUAUUGCAAUGGGCUUCCUUGCCCGGCCCUGGUGUAAUUUCUCUACUACCACACGGGGGGAGGAUCAAGGUCAGGGUUUUUUUGGUCAGCCUAUCACAGAUGCAGACAAAAAUGUCAAUGAACAGGUCGAGAAGAUUGCUAAACAGCAUGGUGUAUCGAUGGCGACUGUGGCAAUUGCCUGGUCCCUAUCCAAGCCUUUUAUCACUGCCCCGAUUCUGGGAAUGAGUAAGAAGGAAAGGGUUGAUGAAGCAGUCGACGCUAUUUCUCUCGAGCUUAGUCCCGAAGAGUUGAAGAGCAUUGAUGACCUAUAUGAUCCCAAGAAAGUGAUUGGCCAUCAAUGA